UUAAGUAAAAAUAAAUAAACAAAAAUAUUUGCAAACAAAGCACACAAACUAGAAAAUAUGAAAAUAUUAAAAGUGAAUUUAACGGUGCUCGUGUUGGCACCUUUUUUGCUAUGUGGCUUUGUGCAUUGUGAAAAUGACUUCGAACGCACAGAAACACCAACGAAAACUCCCACCUCAACAACUCAAGCGCCAGCGGUUGGCGAAACCACCACUGCCGCCGCCGCCGCGCCAGUUGUAGGCGAUAGCACUCGAUAUGCGCGUCUCUUGAAGGUCCUGCGGGACCCCAAGGCGUUUGCCGCUCAGCGCUACCAUGCCGCAACGCAACGCGUAAUCGCGCGCGCGGACCACCAACCACCAGCAGGCCUCCCCUACCGUCGCGCUUUACAGCCGCAUGUCGCCGCGGCGGCGCCACCUUCUGCUUACCACAAGAUGCGCCCGCCAAUUAUGCGUCGCGUCCAAAAUGGACUACCCGUAAAUGGCGCGCCACCGCGUUUUGCCUACGAUACGCCCAAAGGCGGCCAAAACCAUUUGCCUUCUAAGAGUUUAGUGCCAUUCAAUGCAGGCAAAGUGAGCGUUUAUCGCCCGCCAUUCACGUACGCGCAACAGCAAACGCAUCCAAACUCCUUAGUGCUACAGUCCGCUGCGACUGUUCAAGCUACUAAGCAUCAGCUACAGCAGCCACAGCCACACUUUGGGGAAUAUAAUUUCCAAGCAUCGCCACCGUUCAGUGGCAAGGCGAUUGUGCGCCCGCUACUCGAGCCGCACGAUCCAAACUACAGGCAACAUUUGCAGCAGCUACAGCAGUAUGCAGGCAAACCACAGCAAAUGGUGCAACAAUAUCCCAUACCACAACAACAGCAACACCAGCAGCAGCAGCAACAGCAACAACAGAGCACUUCACAUUUCCCUACACUCUACCAGUCUGCGCUGAAACAAACUGCCAACCGCGCGCCAACAUUUCACUACGAAACGAUGCGCCCGCACGAGGAACCCGUCCUCCAUCCACAUGUAAAGCAUGAGCAACCGCCGCCAGGUAGCGCCGGAUAUGCGGUGUACGAACACAACGAUUUGGCUGAAGAGGAGCAAGCGUACGCGCAUCCACACGCGAACUAUCCGCCUACCGCGCGUACAGAGGAAAUAUCACAACAGUAUCAAAGAUUACAACAGCAGAGUCAACGCGCAACUCCUGACACCACUGCAAGCGAACAACAAGCUGAGGAAUACAUAAAAUUCAUGAACUCCAAUGAUUAUUUUCUACCAAAACGUGAACCCAACUAUAGGCAGCGGGAUACUCAGCAGGAUAGCCAGCAGAAUAGCCAGCAGUUGCAACUACAGCAGCACAAGCAGCAACGGGCGCGUGAGCAACAACAACAGCAACAAACAACGCACAACCACUACCCGCACACGCAGUCACAGGCGCAAGCACAGCAGCAACAUUCGCAGCAUAUACAAUACAGUAAAGCUUCAGUGAGUGAUAGCGCUAGCUUCAGUUCAGCCACAGCCAGCGCUGCGGAUGCCGCUACUAAUUACUUAAAUCAGCCCAUACAAGUAUCGCAGCUUUUCUACCAGGAAGACCCCGUGCCCAGUAUCGUACGCGGCAGCUAUCAGGCGGGCAACAAUCUGUUCGUUGUUAAAUCAGAUGGCAAUAAAGCUGUAAAGCAUGUAGUGCCUUCACCCUCUACACGAGCGCCCACUACACAGGCGCCGGCCUACGCGAAGGUGCGCUACAACUCGCAGCAAAGCCGCACGCCAGAACCGCAACGUUUCGAAUUCACAGAGCGCGACGCUGUGCACUCAGCGUACACUAAUUCACCGCCAUCAUUUGGCAGCGGUCACGAACACUUGCACUACAGAACUGCAAGUGAAUUCAGCACCUCCACAACACCAGAUUUGUCUGCUUCAAGUAACAAUAACUUUGGUACAGCCACAAUGCCUUCCGCUGAUGAUCCGGAGGACGAUGAGGAUGUACAGAGCGCCAGUUCGG